GGUUGAUGUCGGAAAGGGGUGUCCCUAAUCCGCCCACUCUCAUGGUGGGUCACAGCGGACGUCACGUAGCCUGCCCCCUGCCGAGCAACGUCAACUACGCCGGCGCCAUCCGAGACCGCUAAACUUCCCAACCCAACAUCAUCCCACAGCAUCUCAGCCCCCGACCGCCCGGUAUCGCCUGCAAGACGACGACCAAGGACCGUGUGUGUCGCAUCGCCGAUUGGAAUCGACACCUGAUCCCUCCUGACAAACGCCCCGCAGGCCGACAACAUGGCGCCGCGCAUCGAGGCCCAGGAAAUCGAGACAUACUGGAACAUCUUCUCAGCAAGGACAAAUGGCGGCAAGUAUCUCACAGGCGAGCAGGCGGCGCCGGUGCUCAAGAACAGCGGGCUGCGGGACGACCAGCUGGAGCGCGUGUGGGACCUGGCCGAUGUCGACAACGAUGGCAACCUCGACUUCGAGGAGUUCUGCGUCGCCAUGCGCGUCAUCUUCGACCUAUUAAACGGGGAGUACGCCGACGUGCCGACCACGCUACCCGACUGGCUCGUGCCCGAGUCCAAGGCGCACCUCGUGCAGGCAAGCCGGGCGAUCACGGGCAAGGCCCCGCAGUUCGAGCAGGUCGAGGACGACGACGACUCGCCGGGCCUGAAAGACGGCUUCGACUGGUACAUGAGCCCGGACGACAAGUCCAAGUACGAGCAGAUCUACCAGGAGAACCGCGACAUGCGGGGCGAAGUAGCAUUCUCCUCUCUCCAGGACCUCUACGAGUCACUCGACGUGCCCGACACCGACAUCCGCUCGGCAUGGAACCUGAUCAACCCGUCCGCGGCCUCGUCCAUCAACAAAGACGCCUGCCUCGCCUUCCUGCACAUCCUCAACUACCGCCACGAAGGGUACCGCAUCCCGCGGACGGUGCCGGCCUCGCUGCGCGCGAGCUUCGAGCGCAACCAGAUCGACUACCAGGUUGACAGUGCGCGCAACAACGCCGCCCAGUCGCGGUGGGCGACCAAGGCCGACGACGAGACCAGCACGGGGCGGAAGGCCAAGUUCGGCGACCAGUACCUGACGCGGCUCGGGCGCAGCGGCUUCAAGACGGCCGGGACCGACUUCAGCAGCGCCAAGACGGACGCCGAGUGGGAGGAGGUGCGGCUCAAGAAGCAGCUGGCCGAGCUGGACGAGAAGAUCGCCAAGGUCGAGGCGGCCGUGGAGAGGCGCAAGGGCGGCAAGCGGGACUCCAAGCCGGCGCUGGUCAAGCGCGAGCUGGAGCAGCUGCUGGAUUACAAGAGGAAGCAGCUGCGGGAUCUGGAGGAGGGGAAUGGGGCGACGAAGACGGGCGGCAGCCUCAAGAGCGUCAGCGACGAUCUGCAGACGGUGAGGGAGCAGGUGGAAGGGCUGGAGAGCCAUCUGCGGUCGAGGCAGGAGGUGUUGGAGCAGCUGCGGCGAGAGAUCGAGGACGAGAAGGCGGGGAGAUAGA